UGGCCGAUUCAACUUUAAAUGAAAUACAAAUCCCAUCCGUCCAUACCCUCUCAACUCCAAAAGAGAGACACCCAAGUCGUCGUUUUCUUCCACCCUUCGUAAUCUCGUGUCAAAAGUUUCGAGGAACCGUCCGAUCGCGGUACAUGGGCCAUGAAUUCUAACCAAGGGUGCGUAUCAAAGCGAAAGAAGAGAGGGAUGGAGAGUGGUGUAUUAACAAAGGGAGAAGAAGAAGAGAAGAUAGAGAAGCAAAAGAAGAAAAAGAUGAAAUGCGAUCUGGUCUCGUAUAUGGAGCUGCCGGAUUAUAUGAAAGAUAACGAGUAUAUAUUGAAUUAUUAUAGAGUGAAUUGGCCUUUGAAGGAGGCCUUCUUUAGCGUUUUCCGCUGGCAUAAUGAGACUCUUAAUAUAUGGACGCAUUUGAUUGGGUUUUUUGUGUUCUUGGGAUUGACGAUAGCGAAUUUGGAGAAUGUGCCAAAGGUGUCGGAUCUGAUUAGCAAUUUCACCAGGUCAUUACCAAUAUCAGCAAGGGCAAAUACAUCUGAAAAUAAUAACAGUUUCUUUUGGGACUCAUCAACACUCACUGACCUGGAGAAAACAACAGCCGAAAUUUCAACGGUGGCACAACAGGCGUCCCGGUGGCCGUUCUUCGUCUUCCUUGGUGGGUCCAUGUUCUGCCUCCUCUCCAGCAGCUUAUGCCACCUUCUCGGUUGCCGGUCCCACCGUUUCAACCUCCUUUUAUUGCGUAUUGAUUACGCCGGAAUAGCCAUCAUGAUCGUCGCCUCCUUCUUCCCACCAAUCUACUACAUUUUCCAAUGUGACCCACAUUGGCAAUUCAUCUACCUCGCCCUUAUCACCACCAUGGGCAUUUUGACAGUCCUCACCUUACUCUCCCCAACACACUCCACAGGCGCAUUCCGUGCAUUCCGCGCAUGCCUCUUCUUGGCAAUGGGGUUCUCCGGCAUCAUCCCAGCCCUCCAUGCUGUCUCUGUGAAUUGGAGCGAGCCACGGUGUGCCAUAACACUUGCAUACGAAUUAGCCAUGGCACUAUCAUAUGUAACAGGGACGUUGUUCUACGUUAGUCGGAUACCUGAGAAGUGGAAACCAGGUAUGUUCGAUCUAGCAGGCCAUAGUCACCAGAUAUUUCAUGUUUUUGUGAUUUUGGGCGCGUUAGCGCAUUACGGUGCAGCUCUCAUCUUCAUUGAAUGGCGGGACCAUGUUGGGUGUGACAAGCUUGUUUGAUGUUGGAUUCAUUUAUGCUGUAUAUCGGCCGAUAUGUAGCAUGUCGAAAGGCCACUGUAAUAGAUAUUGGUAUGCUACAACACCUUUUUUUU